CUCACCUCUUCCUAUUCCUCCUCCACCCCUUCCAUCGCUGCGAUCAGGGAAAGAGAAAGCAGCCGCUCCACGGUACAGCAGCAGACUGCAGAACGGUGGAUUUUUGCGUGUGUGCAGGACCACUAAAAAACACCCACCGAAUCCCCGCGCCACCAUGGAAGAACUUACGGCGUUCGUCUCCAAGUCUUUCGAUCAGAAAACCAAGGAGAGCAGCAAGGAAAGCGCCAUCACGUACCGGGAAGUUUUGGAGAGCGGCUUGGCGAGAGCCAGGGAGCUGGGGAACUCGGAGACGAGCUUGCAGGACAUAACGGAGAGCAGCCACUGUCCGGUGCAUCUGUUCAAGGAACACGUUGAGCUGGAAAAGGACAAAUUGAAGGACUUUAAUGUUUCAAGGGCCACAGAAGGGAUAUACGAGUGUAAAGAGAAGAAGGAAGACGUGAAGUCGGAGGACGAGGACGCCCAGAGCAAACUCAAACAGCGGAGGAGCCGCACCAACUUCACCCUGGAGCAGCUCAACGAGCUGGAGAGGCUGUUCGACGAGACGCACUACCCGGACGCCUUCAUGCGGGAAGAGCUCAGCCAGCGGCUUGGCCUUUCGGAGGCCAGAGUGCAGGUGUGGUUUCAAAACAGAAGAGCAAAGUGUCGAAAACAAGAAAACCAGAUGCACAAAGACAUCUCUCCCUUCUCCCCAGGUGUGAUCCUUGGCACUGCCAGUCACCUGGACGCCUGCAGAGUCGCACCCUACGUCAACAUGGGAGCCCUGCGGAUGCCCUUCCAACAGGUCCAAGCCCAGCUUCAGCUGGAGGGCGUCGCCCACUCUCACCCACACCUGCACCCCCACCUGGCCGCUCACGCCCCCUACCUGAUGUUCCCGCCCCCUCCCUUCGGACUACCUAUUGCGUCGCUGGCGGACUCCGCCUCGGCGGCGGCGGCGGUGGCGGCAGCCGCCAAGAGCAACAGCAAGAACUCAAGCAUCGCCGACCUGCGGCUCAAGGCAGGACUUCUGCGAGGCCAGUGGCUCAGUCCACUCCAGGCACAGAUCACAAGCCCAGGACCGUACAAACACAUGUGGAUGUCUGUGUGAGGGCCAGCCGGGCCCUUCACAUGGGAAGACCUAAUAACAAAGUAAAGUGGCAGGCAGCAGACACGCAGCCAGCGGCAGGGUUGUCCCUUCUCAAGCCUCACUCCAAGCCAGUCAUGGCAGCCAUGUUUGACAAAAACAACAACAAAACAUAUAUAUGUAUAUAUCUACAUAUAUAUACAUAGAUUCACCCCCUGGGUUGUGUGCGUGAUGGGGGAC